AUGAAGGAGAAAUAUCCUGGAUACCCCAAUGAAUUGGUUACGGACCACAUGUACUUAAUCCACUGUGGUGAUGUCCCCGAGAUCAUAGACGAUAAUAACAACGGUCUAACCACCCGCGGAAUCGAUAUAUAUGGAGUUACUAGCUAUCUUAAGUCCCAGUACGACCGUUUGGGGCUCCGUGAUAACUCUCAAGGCCAAGCUGAAAACUGGAGUGAAUCCACGUUCGUGGAGUGCAUGAAGAAGAAAUACCCUUUAUUCCCCUACGACAAAUCGGUGAGCCAUGGGGAUAUCCAACAUUGCCAUGCUACCAGACUUAAUCAACUCCACGCCCGCAGCGACGAUAACAGCCGCAACCCAGUUAUAGAUGUAUUCGGUACUGCUGUUACUUUUUUGAACGACUGUAACGAACGAGAUCUCCCGAAAAACUUCCAACAGGCAGCCGAUUUCCGUGCUAACGCCAGAAAUAUAUGUGACCACUUAGUUGGAGAUCUUGUCAAAAACGCUCCAGCUCUAUAUGGGGAUGUACUGAAAAACGCCUAUACUAAGGAGGUGCAGACCUUAUACGGCCACAAGGACGUUGUAUUAGCAGUUACAAUGAGUAUUUUUCCUCAGGCUCGUGCAGCUUUUGCUACAAUCAACAAGGCGAAGGAGGCCUAUGAUGCUAUUUGUAUGAGUGCUAUCAGCAUUUUUGGGACCAAGGAUGAAGGAUGCACUUCGGAAUUGAACUAUCUACAGGGGCGCCGCAGAACUACCACCGGGGUGAAGGAUGGGUUUCUAGAUUUUUUGAUAGGUGGCGUAAAGCAGGGCCUAUUGACAAUAGACUUCUCACCAGCAGAGGACUUUUAA